UAUUAUAUACAACCGUUUAUCAUUCCUCUAGCCUGGGCACAGUUUUACAACGGCGAAAUGGAACAUCCUCAGGCGUCGUUUUGCUGUAAUUCUUAGCGCGCUGGGCCUAGCGCUUGAGGAUGGGAGAGGUUGGGUCCGGGCUGCCAACAGCACCGGACCAUGAAGCGCAGGCGCCUGCCACACCGGUAUACAGCACAGCCCCCUCCUCCGGCUCCAACAGCGCCAGCGAUGCAGCACCCCUCCUUGGGCAAGCGCCGGAGCGCUCUCACGUUGAUGUAGAACUCUCGUUCUUGGUGCCGCGGGAGCAGCGCGAGGGGGCGCCGCUGCUGCCGCGGGGGGCAGCAGACUCCGCGGCAGGUGCUGGUGACAGUGCGCUAGCGGAGGGGUUAGACGACGGCGCGAUAGCGCUGAGCAUAGGGAAAGAUGCAGCACCCAUGGCAGGGGACACGGACGGGGCGACGGACGGGCUCCAAGGGGCAGCUAAGGACGGCAGCCAGAACGGCGCAACCCCUAACAGCGGCAAGCCGAAGCACCAGUCCACUCGGAAGCAGGUCAAGUUCAGUGACAAGGUGGAGUAUUUCCCCAGCGACAGCCGCGAGGACGACGAGGACUUGCACCUGCGCCGGGUCAUCGCCAGCAGCAUCGUGGGGAAUACACUGUCCGUCGUGCCAGCCCACUUCGUGCUCGGCUUCAUUACCUGGUAUGACUUCCUCAUCUACACUUUCCUGGGCGGAGUCAUCACCAAACUGUUCUUCCCGCACGAGAACGUAUACGCGCAGAUGAUCGCCUUUUACGGCGUGUUCGCGGCGGGCUUCGCCACGCGGCCGCUGGGCGCGCUGGUGUUUGGCAUCAUCAGCGACCGCUACUCGCGCAAGACGGCGCUCAUGCUGAGCAUAGUAAUUAUGAGCAUACCCACGGCGCUGGUUGGCUGCUUGCCCACCUACCAAACGGCGGGCCUGGCCGCCCCGCUGCUACUGGUGCUGAUCCGCGUGCUCCAGGGCUUCGCGGUGGGCGGCGAGUUUACAGCCACCAUGGUGUUCCUGGUGGAGCACGCGCCGCCGCACGCGCGGGGGCUGCACGGCAGCUGGGCCUUCGCCAGCGUCAUGGUGGGAGUGAUCGUGGGCAGCCUGGUGGCCAUGGCCUUCACCCUGGCGCUGAGCGAGGCAGCCAUGCUGGCCUGGGGCUGGCGGGUGCCCUUCCUGCUGUCCAUACUGGGCAGCGGGGUGGGCGUGUACAUACGCAGGCACCUGCGUGACCCUGUCAGCGAGGAGGAGGACGACCACCACCACCACGGCAGCGGCCGGCGCGGGCCGCUGCGGCGUGUGGCGGGCGGCAUCCUCAUGGUUGUGCUCAUCGACUUCAUGAACGCGCUGGGCUUUUACCUGGUGGUCAUAUUCCUGCCGCUGUACAUGCAGAACUUCGCGCACCUGUCACACCGCGCCGCGCUGUCCGUCCACACCGCCAACAUGUUCCUGUACCUCGCCGUGAUCCCGCUGGGCGGCUGGCUCAGCGACAAGUACGGCCGCACGCGCGUCAUCUUGUUGCCUGCUGUGGCCAUGGCGGUGGUGGCCUACCCGCUGUGGUGCCUGUUCAAGACCGGCAGCGCGGGCGCGGCCUGGUUCGCGCAGGCAGCGCUGGUGUGCCUCAUGGCCACCUUCACGGGCGCGCUGCCGGCCACGUUUGUGGCGCUCUUCCCAUCAGAGUACAGGUGCACGGGCCUGUCCAUCGGCCACAACCUGUCCAUGGCCGCGUUCGGCGGCACCGCACCCAUCAUGGCCACCGGGCUGCUGCGCGGCACCGGCGACAUCGCCUCGCCCGCAGCGCUGCUCAUCAUCGCCGCCGCCAUGACCGCGGCCGGCGCGCUCAUGCUCAAGCGCUGGCGCAUCCGGUAGCCGGGCGCUUGGGCUGCAGGCAGACACUGCAGCGGUGGUGGGCAACACGCAAAGCGGCCUUGGUGGUAGUGGCGGUGGCGGUGGUGGUAGGAGGAGUGGGAGGAGGAGCAGGCGGAGGUAUGGCAUAGUUGUUGGCUUUGCAGGCACCUUGAACGGCAACAGUUUUGUACCUGAGCCGUGUGCAUCGGGGCGAUCGGUUGGGACGGGAGGAAGCGAAGGGAUGGGGAAAGGUGGACGGCCCAACAUGUGCAGGGCUGUUAAGGAAGGACUGUAGUGUUAGAAGUGACCAGGCCACUUUGGCAACAGUGACAGGAGCGGAGUGACCCGAGAGAGUUGCAGCGAGCGAGCGCAACGGUUGGGCGAUCUGGCCUUGUGUGUGUCGUGUGUACGCCAAUACGUUUCGUCAGUCUGGCGAGGCCGGCUUGUGGGCAUCCAUGCAGGUGCGCAGGUUUAUUGAAUAUGUCUGCAGGCGGCGAGUAUAAGCGAGUGCGGGAUUGCGUGCCCGCAUGAGUGUAGCAGGCUGGUACAGUAGUAGGGUGAAUCAGAUCAGUGGCGGGUUUAAAACACGGGGACACGCGUCCAUGCUUGGGCGUUCAGAUUGACGCUGUGUGGCACCUGGUCGUGAUGUUUGCGGCCCCGAUCCAAGAGAGCCAAAUCGAGAGGUCGUGCACGCAACAGCUGGUAUACCGGUAUGUAUACAGCAUGGCAACACA